AUGGAAUUGACUGCACCAGAAACAGAUGAUGAUACAUCGCUCUUUUCGUUGGCACUCGCGCUGAUUACGCUGAGCCCGAUUUUACUCAUGGCAUCGUACGCGGCGCUGGCAGUGCAGACAAGGGAGUUUCUCAUCAUCACGAUGUGGAUUGGCCAAGUUGCUUGUGAGCUGUUGAAUUGGGUUAUUAAGCGGAUUAUCAAGGAGGAAAGGCCUAUUGGAAACGGAUAUGGGUUCCCGUCGUCUCAUAGCCAAUAUAUGGCUUAUUUUGCUACUUUCUUGAUUUGCCAUCUUUAUGUCAGGCAUAGGUUUUCGUCUGCGGGGUAUCCCCUGUUAGAUGGCCUGUGGCGUGUGGUGGUUUAUACUGGGGUGUUAGCUUGGGCUGGGCUCGUUGCGUAUUCACGGUAUUAUCUUGGAUACCACAACGCGCGCCAAAUCAUCUGGGGGCUGAGUAUCGGUUCUUUCCUUGGUUUGGCGCUGUACGUUGUAUCAGAGCUUGUUCCACGGUGUUGGCCGUCUUCGUAUUUGGGGCGAACGAAGAUUUGGUUGUUGAGUAAUCCGGUGUCGACGUGGUUGGAGAUACGGGAUGGGUGGGCAGUGUGGCCGGAUGCAGGGCGGGAGAGUGAGUGGGUGAGGUGGAGGAAGAGGUGGGAGGAGGAGAGGAGGGGGAGGGAGGCGAAACGGACGCAGUGA